GAAGCAGAGUUAGAAACCAUCAGCAGCUCAGGAUGAAGGUCUGUUAUACUUUGAUCUGCAUCCUCUUCCUCACAGCUCUGCAGGAUGGAGAAACUGUGAAAACCUUCAGUGGAAAGGAAGGAGGAAACAUCACAGUUAGAUGUGAAUUUAAGAACUCUGGAAGCAGGAGGUUCCUCUGUAAGGAAACCUGUAAAGGAGGAAAGAUUCUGAUUAAUACGAAUGAGGACAUAUUCCAGAGCGGCAGAUACAGCAUUAGAUAUGAAGAAAGGGAAAUCAUUUUAAAUAAUUAUCUUCAUGUGAGCAUCACAAAGCUGGAAAAGUCAGAUUCAGGAUGGUACUGGUGUGGCUUAUAUGACCACUGGAUUAAAUUCUGGAAGGACCCUCAAUAUGUUGAUUUUUAUCUCUCUGUGACUGAAGAUUCUUCAGAACCAAAAUGGACUCUGGGACCUUUUAUUAAAUCAACUUUUCUCCCAGUAGCCUCAACAACAACAACAACAACAACACAGAGUCUGAGUUCCUCACCUUCUCCAUCCUCCUCUGCAACCAGCAGAGUCUCUGAGAAACCAGCUGCAGCUUCAGGUCUGCUGCUCUAUGUGGGUCUGAUUCUUUCCAUCCUGAUCAUCAUGUUAGCAGCAGCUCUGCUCAUCUUCUUCAAGAGGAAGAGCUUCAGACAACAGAGAGGUCCAGAAGAAACAGAGGGCAGCAACUUCCCAGAGGCUAAAGAUGGUGCAGUAGAGUACUCUGAGCUGAAACUGAUGAAUGAUGCCACUAGUUCACCCAGCAGCGCCCCCUGUGGUCAGGCAGAUAAUGUGACCUACUCUGAGCUUAAAGGAAUACACAGACACCAACCAGCUGCUGCUUCUCUUAUCACCCACCGUUCACUCCGGCCGCACGCUCCUCUGAUCCUCUGCUGUCCUCUGCUGUCCAUCUCCAGCAGCUUCAACCACCUCAGAACCAAAGUGGACUCUGGAAACUUUUACAUCAUCAUCGUCUGGAACAUCAACAUUAACUCAAAGCUUCAGAUCAUUGUCUUCUUCCUUCUCCAGUGA